AUGAAUAAUGAACAAGAUAUAAAAACAAUAAAAUUACUAAACUUAUUAAAUGAAUAUCAAGAAUUAACAAAUUUACAUAGAUCUUCAUUUAUAAAUGGAUUUUUAAAUUUAAGUAGAGCAAAUUUUCAAAGUGAAACUUUAAAAUUUAAUAAAGAUAGUUGGGAUUUAAGAAUUAAAAAUUCAAAUAAAAUUAUUAAAAUUGAUGAUGAAUUAGAAUUAAUGGAUAAUUUGAAAGCAAUUGAUUCAGAAGAUGUGGAAAAAGAAACAGAGAUAAAAAAUAGAAAAAUCAAAUCAAGAAACACUGCAGCUUUGAAUUCUGAAAAAUCAAUACUAAAGGAUCCCAUAUUACAGUUUGGGGCAUUAGUGCCGAAAGAACUCAAACUAAGUCAAGAUAACUUUAAUGAAGGGUUACGAUUAAGUGUUAAACUUAUCAAUUUACGGCGUGAAAUAGAACUUUUAACAAAAGAACUAGAUGAAUAA